GUUAGGCAGCUUUCGGUACAGCGUCUACAACGAAACCCGAACAUAACCGUGCCAACGGGCAGACGAAACGCACUAGAGCUCGUGGCUGGCAGGUAGAACAUCAGUGCGUUAUUUCGAGCACUGUGGCACGAUUUACGCUGUAGGUUUUUCGGUGUUUGUUUUCAUCGCUUCAACUCCCCCAGUGCGGUUUUCUCAUCUCGCCACGCAAUGUCACCACACACGGGAUGGUUUGUGCUGGUGCUGGUGUACGUCAUCGGUCUGAUCGGAUCAUCUGUGGCAUUAAACCUACAAGACGAAUGUCAGACACCGGACGGUAAUGCGGGCUCAUGUGUGCAGAUACGAUCGUGCCUCUCGAUCCGAAGCCUGCUGCUAUUGAAGGAAAAAAUGACUCCGGAGGAUCGGACCUUUGUCAGAAAUUCGAACUGUGGCCAGCAGGGUCGUUCGGUGCUUGUAUGCUGUCCGCUCGUUCGCAAGCUGACCGGAAGAUUUGACGCACCGGUAGAGCUACCGCCACCGGGUGAGUGUGGUAAAAUGCAGUCGGACCGUAUCGUCGGUGGUGAGAGGACCUCACUAGAUGCUUACCCUUGGCUGACGAGGAUUCAGUACUACAAAGGCAGUAAUCGGUACGGAUUCCACUGCGGUGGAGUGCUCAUCCACAAUCAGUACGUUCUAACGGCUGCUCAUUGCAUUGAAGGCGUACCAUCUAGCUGGAUCGUAUAUCAGGUCCGGCUGGGCGAGUACGAUACAACAACUGACAUUGACUGUAUUGACGAUGAUUGUGCUGACCCGGUGCGAGACGUACUGAUCAGCGCGUAUGUAGUGCACCCGGAGUACUACAAACAAAACGGUGCAGAUUACAACGAUAUCGCACUGCUGCAACUGGCGGAAUCGAUUGAAUUCACAGACUUUAUUCGCCCGAUCUGUUUACCGGUUACGCAGGAAACCCGCGAAGCCAACCUAACCGGCAAGUAUGUAACCGUAGCCGGUUGGGGACAAACGGAAAACAGUACUUCGAGCACAAAAAAAUUGCAUCUGCGUGUGCCCGUCGUAGAUAACGAAGCGUGUGCCGAUGCGUUCAGCGCGAUACGGUUGGAAAUUAUUUCCACCCAGCUUUGUGCCGGCGGUGAGAAGGGCAAAGAUUCGUGCCGUGGUGACUCUGGCGGGCCCCUGAUGCGAUACGGGGAUGGUCGAUCGGCUUUCAAGUUCUGGUACCUGAUCGGUGUGGUGAGCUUCGGUCUGGAGCAGUGUGGUACGGACGGUGUACCCGGGGUCUACACACGCAUGAGCGAAUACAUGGACUGGGUGUUGGAAACGAUGGUAUAG